AUUCCCCUCUCCAGGUGGUCAGUCUGCCAGAGUCACCAUGAUCCACCUGUGUCUGGGCGUGCUGGUCCUGGCUGCCUUGGCGGCGGCGGCCGACGACAAAGCGAUCCGCAUCGAGUGCGGAAAGAACCGGGUCAACGUCACGUGGCGUCUCAGUCCCCAGUUGGCGCCGUACGGGAGCCGCUUCUUCCUGGGCAACUGCAUCCGCUCCAACGCCGUCAAGCUGCCCGGCGGGGAGAUGGAGCUCCGCUUCGACGUCUCCUUCACUCAGUGCAAAUUCUCCAAGCUGAUGAAAGGCAAGCACGUGGUCUACCAAAACAAACUGACCUACAGGCCGCAGCCCAAAUCCAAGCCUCCCGCUUAUGAGUACUCCUUCCAGUGCGUCUAUGACAGACCCGAGGCAUGGGUUCCACCCUUCCUGAACCCGGGCUUCAGUGCGUCAGCGGGAAGAGGCGGCCUCGUCUUCCACAUGGCGCUGCUAAACGAGCAGAUGUCGGGCGUGGCCAAGACCAACGUGGUGCCCCUGGGCUCCUUCAUGCCCGUCUGGGCGGCGGUGGAUCAGCAAGCCCACCAGCCCCUGCGUCUCUUCAUGGAGGAGUGCGUGGUGGCCGAUACGGCCGUGCUGCAGCCGCACCGCCAGGUCUACCCCCUAGUCGGCAACAAAGGGUGUUUGACGGAUAGCGUACGCUCAAAUUCGGUCUUCCUUCCUCGAUACCACACCUCCGCCAUCGUCCUCUACCUGCAGACCCACAUGUUGGGUGUUGGAGAGGUGUACAUCCACUGCAAACUGGUGGCCUGGGAUCCUGCGGUCCUGAAUGAAAGCAAGAAGGCGUGUCACUACUCCAAGCAGACCGGCAUGUGGGAGCUGCUGGACGACCCCGCCCAGAGCGACCUGUGCAGCUGCUGCGACAACACCUGCAGCCCGCGCUACAGAAGACAAACCGAGCAGGACUCUCGGCGCCUCAGUCAACAUUCAGUCUUGGGACCUCUUCUCAUCGUCUAACGAACUGAUAACUUGUUGGCAAUUAAGUGAUGUUUCUAAUAAAGGUCAUGUGUUGAAAUAC